AUGAGUAUUUAUUAUGCCAUUCAUAUUAUUAUGAUCCUUUUUAUGAAAGGAUAUAUAUGCUCGAUGAAAAGUAAUAGCAACGAAAGGAAUUAUUUUGCAGCCAAUUUUUAUAAUAAUAGAUUGACAAAAACAUUUCAUAAAGGCGAUUAUCAUUUUUUCCGUUUAGUUUUUAUGAAGAUUUUGGUCUCUUCAAAUUUGUUAAAUAAAAAUAUAACGAUAGAUGGCAUCGUAAAAAAUCUAGAUAAUAUGAUUUUCGGAAUAAAUCAAAAAAAUAAUGAAUCCUAUUCAAACAUAUAUGAGGAAAUAAAAAAGAUAUCAUUGAUAAAAUAUAAACAAAUAUAUGAAAAAAAUGAGUUAGAUAUAAAAAUUGCAAAUGAAAUUGAAAAAGAGAUAGCCAAAGAAGUUGCAUACAACAUUAAAUUACAAAAUAAAAAAAAACAAGACAAAAAAAACGAGCCAAACCUUCAAAUAAAUAAUACUUACCGAAAAAAAAGAGAUAUGCUAUCAUUUAUUCCUUUUAACAAAAUAAAAUUUUUUUAUUAUAAUAAUUAUCAGCAAGCCCUUCAUAUAUUUCUAGAAAUAUUGUACAUAUCAAUAAUAGCUAGCUAUCAGACAUUAGAUGAUGCCACAAAAAAACAAAUGAUCUUAAUAAUAUAUGAAAAUACAGUAAUCCAAUGGUUAGUUAUAAAUAAUAUCCAUAAAAUAAUGAAACAUAAAUUAUCCAUAAAUACAGGCAGUAUAUUAUUAUAUAUAACAUUAGAUAGAAAAAAUGAUGCAAAAGUUAGUCAAGAAGACAUUUAUAAUAUUUAUAUAGACUUAAUGAAUAUUAUAAAAAGAUUUUUUUAUAGGAUGCUUCCGCAAGAAGUCGGCCAUAAAGAUUUAUCUUAUAUUUUUAAUGAAUUUACAAAAAUGCAUAUUCCCGAAUUAAAGAUUUUAGGAUAUAGAACUAUAGAUGAAAAUAAAUUGGAUAUAACAAUGGAUAAAGUAUUAAUUGGUUCGUCAACUAAUAAUGAAGAAGAUGAUGAAGUUCGAAUAAAUUCUGGAAAAAGACGGGACGAUAAGAAGAAUGAUGAAGAUUUCCAUGCGAAAUUUUUUGAAAAAAAAGAAAAUCAAAAUAAAAUAAUGAUUCAGAUUUUUAUAAGUACUCCACAUAAAAAAGAUGGCGUAAUAGAAGAUCAAAUAUAUGAUUCCCAUUUUACAAUUGAGAAUAUGUAUAAUAUUUUAAUGGAUAAUGUAACUAAUCAACUUCAAUUUUCAUUAACAUAUAAAGUAGCCAAUUUUUAUAUGGCUAGAUAUAUAUUUGGUGAUUCAGAAAAUCCAAUAUUAAAUGAUGAGGAAACAAAAUAUGAAGAAGUAUCUAUGCAUAUUUUUUUAAAACUUAAAUUUUCAAUAAAUUUUACAUUUAAAAAUAUUAAAAAAUAUAUAUUAACAAAUAUAAAAAACAUUAGCAGAAUAUAUUCUAUACAUAUUUAUGGUGCAUGUGUUAAAAAUCAUAUUACAGAAAUCAUAGAUAUAGUUGGCCAAUUCGGAGAAGCAAUUGAUCAUAACUUAAUAAAUCAUGUUAUAAUUAAUAUGGAUACAGACAAAAUUGUUGUACAUAUAAAAGUAUAUUCAGAAAGUAAUAGUACUAUCGAUGAUCCCAAUCAUAAUGACGUUCCUCCUAAAAGCCACAGCAAAUAUGAUAAAAAGAAACUCAUUUUUGAAAAUGUACAAGAAGUAAACGAUCUACUAAAUAAAUCAAAUUAUUUUGAUAUUAUAUAUUACAUAAUUGAUAGAACUAAAGGAAGGCCAAAAUCAAUCGACUGUGCAACUUGUAGACAUUACAAAUAUCAUUACACGGUUUUAUUCAUUGCAGGUAUUAUACCAUCUUUAAUAAUUUUAUUGGCAUUUUAUAUAAUAUGCUAUUGCAAAAUUAAAAAAUGUAAAAAUUCAAAAAAUAUUUGUUCAAACAAACUUGCAUACAUAUACCCUAAAUUAUUUUAUGUCAAAACUGCUUCAAAUAAAUACAAAAGGUUAAGUAAAAAACAUAUUGAAAUUAUGCUUUUAAGACAAAAAAAAAAUAAUAAUAAUAUGCACACAACAACUAGCCAUAAACAAAUUUUUAAAAAAAAAAAAAAAAUGGCAAAAGCCCUUAGCUAA